UUUCAGAGAAAUACCCUAGACUUGUACAUUUCACACCAAAGAGGUCCAUUCUUCAAGGCUGAGUUCCAAACAGAAUUAGAUCUAAAAAGAUUCCACAUUGCAGACGUAACAGACAAACGUAUAUUCGUCUCUGUCAUGCACACUGAUGCCCUAGCGAAUUUGUACGUGUCAGAGAUAAGCAACAAUUUCACACAGUACAACUUUGUGUUGAGUUUGGAACAAAUAUUGUGCUAUUUCCCUGAUGCUAACUGGAAGGACAGCUGGCUUGAGGAUGUGACCGAAGAUCCAUUUACGGACUUGUACCGCGUUGAAGGUUUAAAAGGAAUCUACAUUGCUUCGCGAGUGGAUUCGAAGGCCCUUGUGGCGAAUAUUGGACCUGAGCACCUGAUUUCUCUGAUUACUUUCGACCAUGGAGUCACUUGGUCUCCUGUUAAUCCACCCACUGAAGAUGAGAAUGGCAAACCACUGAACUGCCACAUUGAGAACUCUUGCAGUCUACACUUAUGUCAGAAGUUCAGCCAACUGUACCCAGUUACAAGCCCACCUGGAAAUGUGGUUGCGAACGGUUUGAGGUCAGCAAGUAUUAUGAGCUCGAAAUCAGCACCAGGAAUUAUUAUGGCCACUGGUGUCAUGGGCAAGUCACUGAAAGGAAUACCUGGCGUGUACAUCAGUCGGGACGCCGGUCUCACGUGGAAGAGGAUCCUCAAAGACUACUAUUUCUUCAACUACGGUGACCAUGGCGGUGUUCUAGUAGCUGUCAAGUACUUUAAAUCUCGUGGUGAAACGAGAAAGAUACUGUAUUCGACGAACGAAGGCAUCGAGUGGAACUCUUAUCAGUUCAAUGCCGAUGACCUGCGCAUCUACGGACUAAUGACCGAGCCUGGAGAGAAUACGACAACGUUUACUAUGUUCGGUUCUGCAAACGACCAACAUCAGUGGAUUAUAAUUACAAUCGAUCUGCGAAAUACUUUCACUCGCAACUGCACUGAUGACGACUACAAGUACUGGUCUCCUUCGCCUCCUAAUUCAUCGGUCUCCUGCGUGCUCGGUACCAGAAACACUUUCCAACGACGUCUCGCCCACACGAACUGCUAUAACGGAAUAGAUUACGACAGACCAUUCAAAAAGGAGACUUGCGAAUGCAGUCGCAGAGAUUUUGAAUGUGAUUUCGGAUUCAUGCUCUCUGGCAACGAAUGUAUCCACAACAAAUCCUCAAAAUACGAUCCGUAUGCCGUGCCUGCAGAUUGUCAGCCUGGUCACUUCUACUGGCGCACUAAAGGUUAUAGGAAGAUCGAUGGAGAUGUAUGCAGUGUCUCAGGAUACAUGGCGUACGUCCCUGAUCUGAUCCCCUGCCCUCUUGAAGAACCAACAGAAUUCAUGCUAGUCGCUCUCGGUAAUAAAAUCGCUCGCAUUGAUCUCUCUGAAAACACGACUAUUUACCCCGUGGUGAACGAAAGGAACAUCGUUGCCAUCGAAUUUGACAUAAAGAACAACUGUAUCUAUUGGGCUGACAUAGAAUUGGAUAAGAUCAGUCGUCAGUGCUUCAACAAUGGCACGACACAAGAAGUAAUUGUUGACAGAGACCUCGCCAGCAUAGAAGGAAUGGCGUUUGAUUGGAUUUCUAACGUUCUGUUCUUUGUCGAUGGCUUGAGGAAGAAGAUUGAAGCUGUGAGAAUAGAUAUGAUUAAGGAAACCAGAAUGAGGGUUACUAUUUUGGAUUCGAAAGUCUUAUCGCGACCGCGCGGUAUUGCAGUACAUCCAAAAGCAGGCUUUCUAUUCUGGACAGACUGGGACAGGAACAACCCCUCAGUUUCUAGGUCAAACCUUGACGGUAAAGACGUUGUGAAAUUGUUCGGCAAGCCAAUAGUCCAGUGGCCAAAUGGCAUAACGAUCGAUCAGAUGUCGGAGAGGAUAUACUGGGUGGAUGCUAUGGAGGACUACAUCGCUAGCUCUGAUUUGAAUGGCAAGUACUUCAAACGGAUUUUCUCGAACGAUCAGAGAGUAACACAUCCGUUUGCUGUAGCGGUGCUGAAAGACAAGAUGUACUGGGACGAUUGGAAAGAGAAGUCAAUAUUCGUGGCCGACAAAGACAGUGGAAUGAAUGUGAUGACGAUUAAUGAUUCGUUCGUCGGUUUGAUGGAUUUGAAGGUGUUCGCUCACUUCGUGCAGUACGGUAGUAACGCCUGUUCGUACAAGAACACUAGUUGUGACACAAUAUGUUUGGGUGGGCCGGGCAAUACAUUCAGCUGCCUGUGUCCUGAUGGCCUGUCUAUGAUUGGUGGGAAGUGCAUGUGUUCCAAUAACACGGAGCCCUACGCGAACAUGACUUGCCCCGAAACAGAAGUAUCUACUUGUGGAUUGGAGGAGUUUACAUGCAAGAAUGGGAAGUGUAUAUCCUCGUUCUCUCGUUGCGAUGGUAACAAUGACUGCGGAGACCUGUCCGAUGAGAUCGGUUGUCUCUGUGUGCCGCCGAUGAUCAUGUGUGACAAUACACGAUGCUACCUGCCACACUGGAAGUGCGACGACGAUAUUGAUUGCGCUGAUAUGAGUGAUGAAAAAG